CAAAUUACCGCUCGCAAAGAUGUAAUUCGUAACAAGAUUCGUGCAAUUGGCAAGAUGGCACGCGUGUUCACAGUGUUGCGUGAGGAAAGUGAAACCAUUCUGGAAUUGAAGGGCUUGACCCCUACUGGAAUGCUGCCCCUGGGUGCGUUGGCUGGUGGACGUGAGACCAUCAAAGGCGCAAUGUCGGGCACAUGGACUCCGCAUAAAAUUCAGAACUUUGAGGAGGCGAAAGCGAUUGAUAAGGUUAAUGAACGAAUGCCUCCACACAAAGAUUCCAAUUCAAAUCCCUGCUGGUCGUACACGUCCUCUGUGAGUAAUGAUGGCGGACGAGAAGCUUCCAAAACUGCCGAAUCCCGCCUGAGUAGCAGUGGGGAAUAUUCCGCCGAGGACGACAGUAUGGUCUUAUCACUGACUCAGCGAAGUAACAUGCCUAGACCCCCGUCUAUUUGUGAAGAACGGUCGUCGGAUGAUGAGAACGACAGCGCAUCCUCAUCCCAGCAUAGAACGGGCCGUGAUCGUCCGGCGAGUAGUAGUGAAUCAACCGAGUAUCGAGGUGGUGGAGACAGUGCAACCAGCCUGAUCCAGUUUCCAUCCGGUAGUAAUGGUAGCAAAGCGCCAACUCCAUCCAUUCCAUCUCCAAUUGCUGGCUCAACUUCAUCGUCGAAUUCACCAUCGACCACAAAAUAG